AACAUUUAUAUAUACAGUUGUCGCUCUUUAUCUUUUCCCUCUCCAUCUACUCUUCUCCAUUCCCUUUCUUCCUCGGCCAUGGCGACUGCAUCCUCUCUUUCUGCGGCGCGGGUCGGCAUUGUCUCCUCUCGUUUUGCUUCCCAUGGCAACUUCAGCAACGGUGUCUCCAUUAAUCACCAGAGCUCAUCAAUUGCUUCUCAAGCCAUAGCUUCAUCUCUAUGUUGUCUCCGAGGCGGACUCUCCCAACGUUUCUGCAGCCUAUCCGUUCAAAAAUUCCCUUCGGUUGGGGGUAUCAACAAGGCCGAAGCAGUUUGGCAUCGCAGAAUGGUUUGUGCGGCGGCCACUGACCCUGCAGAAAAAGAGGGUGUUGAGCUGCAAGCAAAAGUAACGAAGAAGUGCUUCUUUGAUGUGGAAAUUGGUGGAGAGCCUGUCGGUAGGAUUUUAAUGGGCCUCUAUGGAGAGGUGGUUCCCAGGACUGUUGAAAAUUUUCGUGCUUUGUGCACUGUUGCUUGGUCAUGUGCAGGAGAAAAAGGCUUUGGUUAUAAGGGAUGUUCCUUUCAUCGUAUUAUCAAGGAUUUCAUGAUCCAGGGUGGGGACUUCGAUCAUGGAAAUGGAACUGGAGGAAGGAGUAUUUAUGGUCCUCGGUUUGACGAUGAAAGUUUCACUUUAAAGCACAUAGGCCCUGGAGUUUUGAGCAUGGCAAAUGCAGGACCAGAUACAAAUGGCAGCCAGUUUUUUAUAUGCACGGUGAAGACACCAUGGCUGGAUAAACGUCAUGUCGUGUUUGGACAUGUCUUGGAAAGAAUGGAUGUCGUGCGGGAGCUUGAAUCUCAGGAAAUUAGCAGAUCAGAUGUUCCGCGGCUACCGUGCAGGAUCAUAAACUGUGGUGAGCUGCCCAUGGAUACCGGAUUGUUUAGAAUUGCCAAUAAGCUGGAAUUUUAGGCCUGUCUUCGUUUGGCAAUUUGUAUUUUCAGGUGCCAUGACUUCCUCGAAUGGAAGCUAAUCUCUCGUCCUCGAACUCAAAGAUAAUGAGCUGAAAAUUCUACCAGGAUCUAAAGUUUACUUGCACAGAAUAGACUGCAGUAGCAGCGGGUGUUUGACUACAAUUUAAUCCCUACCUUUGGCAUCAUGAAUCUUUAUUUGUCCUGCCAUAAACUAUUCUUUUGUUGAACAUCAUAUGACAGUUAUUUUCUUUCUUCUUUGGCCAAAUGACUGUUUUCACAAUGAAAAAUGAGGGGUAAAUUUUUUAGAGAAUUUAAUCUCAGUUUGUGAA